GGUGGGAAAAAUCGAUGGCGGGGUCUUCGGCGUUUUCUGGUUGCCGUGGUAACCGGGUAUUCCGUCGGCCGGCCGAGGCGGCCGGAGAGCGAGGCUGCGCUAGCUCCGACGCCAAACCAAUGAUAGAGCGACCCGCCUAGAGUGCCGGAUAAAACCUUCGGUCAAAGAUGGCGGAUCUGGUCUGACCGAUUUUUUCGCCGUUUUCGUCGCAAAUAAACAGUUUCCGUCGCCUCGGAUAAUGACGUCGUAAUCUUUAGAUCCGCGGAACAAGAUCGGAAUGGCCGGCGGCCGUCGGUCCACCUCGCGGUAGAAGAGGCAGCGAGCCGACAGACAGCCAGACGGACGCGGGAGCGGAAAUGUCUUCGGACGAGCAGUCGGAGGACGAGGCGAUACCGUCGUUCCGUCCCUUCACCAGGGAGUCGCUGGCGGCCAUCGAGGCCCGCAUCGCCGAGGCCGAAGCGCGCAAGAAGGAGCAGGCCCAGAAGAAGGAGGAGGGCGGCUCCGUCGACGACGAACACUACGGCACCUACCAGCCGGAAGUGACGGAGCCCAAUCCCGUGCUGGAGGCCGGCCUACCCCUCCCCAAGCAGUACGAGCGAGAGUUUCCUCCCGAGCUACUGGCUGUCCCCAUCGAGGACCUCGACAAGUUCUACGAGAACCAAAGGACGUUCGUGGUGAUAAGUAAGGGCAAAGACAUCUUCCGGUUCAGCGCCACCAAAGCCAUGUGGAUCCUGGGUCCCUUCAAUCCCAUCCGUCGGGCGGCCAUCGGCGUCCUGGUUCAUCCUGCCUUCAGCUUCUUGGUCAUCGUCACUAUUCUGGUCAACUGCGUCCUCAUGACGCAAACCGACGUCAAGUACGAAAAGGAACUGGAGAAAGCUUUUACGGCCAUCUACACGAUAGAAUCUUGCAUCAAAGCCACGGCCAGAGGAUUCAUUCUCGAGCAGUUCACUUAUUUACGGGAUCCCUGGAACUGGUUGGACUUCAUCGUCAUCUCUCUGGCUUACAUCACCAUGGGAGUGGAACUGGGCAAUCUGAGCGCUCUGAGGACGUUCCGCGUACUUCGAGCUCUGAAGACGGUGGCCGUCAUUCCAGGUUUGAAGACCAUUGUUGGAGCAGUAAUAGAAUCUGUAAAGAAUUUAAAGGAUGUGAUUAUUUUGACAGUGUUUUCCCUAUCUCUAUUUGCCUUACUUGGACUCCAGCUUUAUAUGGGUGUUCUCAUGCAAAAAUGUAUAAAAAAAGCUCCAGAAAAUACAACAUAUGAAGAAAAACAUAUAUUUUAUGGAAAUAAAAGAUCAGUGUAAGAACUUAUUAAUCCUUCAACGACUUUUGCUCCAAACCCCAACAUCCUAGCCACAGCUCUAAUGCUAUCUAACUCUUGCAGCCUGUCGCAUACGUUGGAACAAUAAAGGAAUUCCCUUCUAACUAGAGCUCUAAAUGCUGAAAGCUUAUAGGUAUGUGGAUCAUUGGAGGUUGAAGGAAUGUAUAACUGGUCGUGAAUGGGCUUGAUGUAUACCUUCGUGUUUAAGGAACUGUUCUUGAAUGAAAUGCCAAUGUCUAUAAAAUGCACUUCCGUAGUACUAAUUUGCUUCAAUUUAAGUUUUAAACCAUCUUUGUUGGAAUUUAUUUCAUUCAAAAAUUGCUGUAUUCUUGUAUCAUUCCU